UGGAGCCCGGCCUCCUGCUGAGGUUCUGGUGGAGCCCGGCCUCCUGCUGAGGUUCUGAUGGAGCCCGGCCUCCUGCUGAGGUUCUGAUGGAGCCCGGCCUCCCGCCGAGGUUCUGGUGGAGCCCGGCCUCCUGCUGAGGUUCUGAUGGAGCCCGGCCUCCCGCUGAGGUUCUGAUGGAGCCCGGCCUCCUGCUGAGGUUCUGAUCCACUGCCUGGUUCUGAUCUUUGUUCUGUGUCUGCAGACAGCGGAGGGCUGAUGGAGCGGCCGUGUUCGCUGACAGGAACCCCAGAGAGCAUCGAGCAGGCCAAGCGGCUGCUGGUGCAGAUCGUGGAGCGGUGUAGAAACGGGCCGGGUUUCCAUGGAGACGGGGACGGAGGCACGGCGGUCCAGGAGAUGCUGAUCCCGGCCAGCAAAGUGGGUCUGGUGAUCGGGCGAGGAGGAGAUACCAUCAAACAGCUGCAGGAACGGGCCGGGGUCAAGAUGAUGAUGAUCCAGGACGGGCCCAUGCCGACCGGAGCCGACAAACCUCUCCGCAUCUCUGGAGACCCCUACAAAGUCCAGGCCGCCAAGGAGCUGGUUCUGGAGGUGAUCCGAGAGAAGGACGGAGACUUCAGGGCCGGACGCAGCGACUUUGGAGGCCGGCUGGGAGGAACCAGUUUGGACGUUCCGGUUCCGAGGUUUGCUGUCGGCAUCGUUAUCGGCAGGAACGGAGAAAUGAUCAAGAAGAUCCAGAACGACGCCGGAGUCCGAGUCCAAUUCAAAGCAGAUGACGGGAUCAGUCCGGAGCGUGUUGCCAUGGUGAUGGGUCAGCCGGAGCGCUGCCAGCACGCCGUCCAUCUCAUCAACGAGCUCAUCCAGACAGCCCAGGAGCGGGACGGGUUCGGCUCGGCCCUGCGAAGCAGCCGGGUCAGAGGGCGUGGCGACUGGACGAUGGGCUCCCCUGGCCCGCUGCAGGAAGUGACCUACACCAUCCCGGCGGACAAGUGCGGCCUGGUCAUCGGCAAAGGAGGAGAAACCAUCAAGAGCAUCAACCAGCAGUCUGGAGCUCACGUGGAGCUGCAGAGGAACCCGCCGCCCUCCACGGACCCAAACACCCGGGUCUUCACCAUCAGGGGCACCGCCCAGCAGAUGGAGGUGGCCCGCCAGCUCAUCGACGAUAAGAUCGGGGGCUCCGGGAUCAUGAGUAACGGAGGAUUCGGCUUCAGUCCCUUCACUGCCGCUCCGGCUGCUCACCAGAAGUAAGAACCUGAACCUUCAUCCCGACCGGUUGGUUCCGAUCCGGACUGGUUGGUUCCGAU